UGCCGCGCGGAAUAAAGCCCAAAGUCUAGUGGGUUUGUACAACCCGAGAGAAGAAUCGACAAACUUCAUGCGAGAGCUUCUCACCAUGGAUUUGUAUAUAGCAUUUGUGCUAAUUUGAGGAUUAUACACUUCCUUCUUCUGUUUAGCGAUGGGUUUUGCAAAUCCAAGCUCGAAAUACGCGGAUCUUAAAAGCUCGCCACACUAGGCGACAGAGGAAUUACUAUUUUUUGACUUUUAAAAAAAGUGGUUUGUUUGUGCUCGGUUAACGGCUGCCGUUGUUACGGAUCUUGACCGAGGGGAUAACCACAAGUUUGAUCCUAUUGUGGACAAUAAUUUUUUUCAAGAAGAGUUUCUCUCCCUAGUCCUUAGUGUCCUUGGCUUCUUUUUCCAGUGCCAAGUUACCCGGGCGAUAAGGUGCAACCACGCCGGGGGAAGGCUGCUGCUCUCCGGCUAGCUGAGAGGCGGCUUCUCCUUGAAUCGUGGCCUCGUCGGCUAGGCGACAAUGCUCGACAUAAUGUCUGACCACCAAGAUUCACUUUUGACGUGUAAAACGGAGCCCUUGCCCCCAGAAAGAAAAAAGAGGACUGUUGAGGACUUCAACAAGUUCUGCAGCUUUGUUCUGGCUUAUGCAGGCUACAUCCCCAGUCCAAAAGAGGAAAGCUCCUGGUCUCCAACUUCAUCCAGCUCGGCGCACAGCUCAGGGCUGUCGGCGGACGGGGGCGGCGGGGGCAGCAGCUCCAUCGGCAACGCCUGGCCGGACGGGAGCUCCGACAUCCACACCAUCCACACGUUUGUGCGCAAGGCGCGCGCGAACAAGGGCAAAAACAUUCGGCGCAUGCACUCUGACAGCACCCUGCUGGACAAGAUGCGCCUCAAAGACUCUCUGUACGACAGCCAGGCCAGCGCCAAGGCCGAGCGCAAGAAGGACAAGAAGCUGAAAAAGCUGUCGCUGGGCUCGGCCACGACGGCGCCGGACAGCGGCAGCAGCGAGGGCGAGAAGCGGGCCCGCAUCAAGCGCAGCAAGAACUCCUCCAAACAGCCCAAAGCGAAGAAGCUGAAGAGCUCCGCCGCGCAGAGCGAGACGGACUCGGAGACGCGGAACUCGCAUGCCGAGGCGCGGGCCUCCAGGGAGGAGCUGGCGUCGCACGGCGGCUCCUCCUCCAGCAUCCACGGCCUGGGGAAGCCCGACGAAUCCAUCAGGGAAGCGGAGAUGAGCUCCAGCGAGGGCGAGACAUGGAUCGCAGACGAAGAUAUCAUGGUGGAGUCAGGCGACGACUCGUGGGACCUGAUCACCUGUUACUGCGGGAAGCCGUUCGCCGGGCGGCCGAUGAUCGAGUGCAACCAGUGCGGCAUAUGGGUGCACCUGUCGUGUGCGAAGAUCAAAAAGUCCAACGUUCCCGACAUCUUUUACUGUCAGAAGUGCAGAGACUUGCGGCGGUCGGGACACAAAAAGGACACCUAAGAAGGACGUUCUCCGCUGUCCUCUCGACAACUCACUUUAACUCCGAUGCCUACAGCCAAAACAGCCUAAAUUCUCACCCGGGAGGCAACUGGCUCUGCAGUUGCACAAAUUAUUUUGACAAUCAAAAGAAAAAAGGAAAAAAAAAAAACAUAUCUAUUUAUCCUUGACGUGUUUUUUUUGUUUGUUUUCUUUUUCCCCCAUUUCUUUUUGGCGACUGUGAAGAACUGGUGGCUAUUGAGAGAAUCGUUUGUUGCUUUAUUAAUUCCCACACUAAUUGGCUUUGUGCAUAUUUUUGACUUUUUUCUUUUUUUUUUUCUCCCAACUUGUAAAUUUGUAUCUAAAGGAAUACCAAUCCAAUUUAGACGGAUAUUUCGCAUUGACUUAAAAUUGUAACUUAUUGUAUAGCUCAAAAGGAAAUUGUCACUCUGGUUAAUUAGCUUAAAUUAUGUCACGGGUGCUCGACGGGCAGCUUCCCCUCAACCCCCCCCAAAGGUAUUCUUAAAGUUGAAUUUCGGAGGCGCUUUAUUUCUGUCAGCGGCGCUCAUUGAACGUCUGCGUAUAAAGUUCUCACUCCUCUCACGAAAGAGUUGAUUAAUUUAUUAAAAAUUGGCAAACUCAUCUCAGUAGGUAUGCUGCAUAUAGAUGUUUCUAUAUUUUAGUUUUUUCUUCCCAGCAGUCGUGUUGAGAGAGAGAGGGAUAAGGGAAAAAAAAAGUAAAAGCCCAGAUAUGUUUCCACUGCAUUCACUGAGAGGUGGUUGAAUGUCUUUGGCUCGUUAAUCAGUCAUCAGUAGCCAACUUGCUUUUGAAUGAGAUCCACAGAGGAAAGCUGUUCAACUUGGUUUUUUUUUGGGGUUUUUUUUUUUUUUUUUUUUUAAAUCGUCUCAUCUUCAUAAGAGUUUGGGUUUGUUGUUGUUGUAAAGCACCUGGUUAAGGCUCCUUGUGUUGUCAAGGUUGAGCCUGGGCUCGUUUAUGAACGGUUGUAAAAUAUGUUUUAUUUCAUAUAACUGUUUUAUUCCUUGGCUUUUUGUUUCUUUCCGCGUCAAGUGGGAGCAGAGAUGUGCCCGCUGCAGGACAAGAGAUCGUCUCGCCUAGAGAUCAAAGUUGUGUACAAAAGUGUAAGUUUGAGGCUGCAUAGGUUGUGGCGUUGUUUAUUUUCUACCCAUUGUAUUUCGUUGUUGGUUGGGAGAGUCUUAGCAAGUCUCCGGGAGUAGUUGCGCUCUCUGUACAACUUCAGUUCUGUGUACAUAUCCUGUUCUUCGACAACUUGUACAUAUGUGAAAGUGAAAAGAGAGAAUACCCAAGCAAAGUCUAUAUUUUCUGCAGUCUGAUACUGUUUUUCUUUAACUGUAGCUCGAAUAAUAAAAGAAAAAAAAACAAAACCUUUGGGAUCAUAAA